AGUUUAGUGGCAGAAGAAAGACACAACAACACCGCCAUGAAAUCACGUAAAGAAGGUUCUUUGACUCGCUGAUAAACAAACAAGAGGCGUAUAUACGAUCAUAUCAUUUCGCGACGACACGUGGUGAGAAACCCUUGCAGAAUAAAUUAAGUUUGUAGACAAGUCCGCGGCUGAUUUCAGCACCACGGACAGCGCUGAUUGAAAUCAGCCGCGUCGCUCUCGCCCCAAACAGUAAAGAACUGAAUUAGAACCGGUCAGAUUUAAAUCACUUUCUCUGAACUACACCAAAGUGCGCGCACCGCUCGGCGUUAGUUACUAGAGCCUAGUUCAAAACCCGUCCUCCGUACGUUUCCUGCCUCCGUCAGCCGCCGAGCCGAGCUGCGCCUCUCCCUCACGCAAAGUGUUGGGGCGGUUUUCCUGCCCUUGCGCGCGGACCCCGUGCGGAUGCGCCAGUGGGAAGCCUGCGCUCGAGAGGAGGAGGGACGAACGAAGUCAAGUUCGGAUCAGAUCUGGGAGCAGCACCGGCACAGAGGGACGCGCAGCACCAGGGGAGAGACGCGCCGGCUCGUGUCCUUUCAGAUUUUGAGCUCCUCGCAUUGAUCACGUCUACGUGGUUCUUUUAGGGACGAAGUGGAGAAGAUUCCCAAACGACACCGGGGAGAAAUGCAGCCAGUGGCGAGAUGGACUUUGUUGUUUCUUCUGGUGGUUCUGACGGCGCAAGACGGCUUCUCAUCCAAAGCAGAGGACCGGCUGUUUAGGAAACUGUUCAGAAGAUACAAUCAGUUCAUCAGACCAGUCGAGAACGUCUCGGAUCCCGUCACUGUGGAGUUCGAGGUUUCCAUCUCCCAGCUGGUGAAAGUAGAUGAGGUGAACCAGAUCAUGGAAACAAAUUUAUGGCUCAGGCAUAUAUGGAACGACUACAAGCUGCGAUGGAUGCCAGCGGAGUUUGAUGGGAUUGAGUUCAUUAGAGUUCCAUCAAACAAGAUCUGGAGACCCGACAUUGUGCUGUACAACAAUGCUGUAGGUGAUUUCCUGGUGGAGGACAAAACCAAGGCUCUGCUGAAGUUCGACGGCACCAUCACCUGGGUUCCUCCGGCCAUUUUCAAGUCUUCCUGCCCCAUGGACAUCACCUACUUCCCGUUUGACUAUCAGAACUGCUCUAUGAAGUUUGGCUCCUGGACCUAUGACAAAGCCAAGAUUGACCUGGUACUGAUCGGGUCCAAGGUGAACCUCAAGGACUUCUGGGAGAGCGGCGAGUGGGAAAUCAUCGACGCUCCGGGCUACAAGCACGAUAUCAAGUACAACUGCUGUGAGGAGAUCUACCCAGACAUCACCUACUCCUUCUACAUCCGACGCCUGCCACUGUUCUACACCAUCAACCUCAUCAUCCCCUGCCUCCUCAUCUCUUUCCUCACAGUGCUGGUUUUCUAUCUCCCGUCCGACUGCGGAGAGAAGGUCACGCUCUGUAUCUCCGUCCUGCUCUCCCUCACUGUGUUCUUGCUUGUUAUCACCGAGACCAUCCCCUCCACGUCGCUGGUCAUCCCACUCAUUGGAGAGUACCUGCUCUUCACAAUGAUCUUCGUCACGCUCAGCAUCGUCAUCACUGUGUUUGUGCUCAAUGUACAUUACCGCACGCCGAUGACCCACACGAUGCCCGGGUGGGUGCGCUCCGUGUUCCUCAAAGUGCUGCCGAGGAUCAUGCUGAUGCGGAGACCCAUUGAUGAAGCGGGCAAGGCUGGGGGGCUGGACAGCAGUGGGGAGGCAGGAGGAGCUGGAGAGGGAGGAGGAGGCGGAGGAGUGAAAGGGGGGAAGAAGAAGAAGACUAACUUGAUGCAGGCGGGCGGCGGCUCCCUCAACUGCCUGGAGUUCGGCGACGGCAAGCUGUCCUCCAUCGAGGGCUGCGCCGGCAACAGCUGCCCCUGCCAGCGCGGGAGCGAGGCCCCGGACACGCCGGAGACGGGGAAGACGGCGCGGCAGCGCAGCCCCCAGAGCGUCAGCGCGGUGGUGGCCUUCUCCGUGGUGUCGCCCGAGGUCAAACAGGCCAUCGAGAGCGUCAAGUACAUCGCUGAGAACAUGAGGAGCCGCAACAAGGCCAAGGAGGUGGAGGAUGACUGGAAGUACGUUGCCAUGGUGAUUGAUAGAAUCUUCCUCUGGGUUUUUGUGACUGUGUGCGUCCUGGGAACCGUGGGACUUUUCCUCCAGCCACUUUUUAGCUUUGUCUCGUAACUGCUGCCCGGUCGGGGCUUGCUGGCACCGUGUUGACCCUCAAUAAGUCCCAAAGCACUGUGUGAUGUGUCGGGUUUGUCACAUAGAGACGUACUCUAAACAGCAUUCCAGUCCAUUUAAACUGAGAAAAAGAUUGUGUGGCCAUAGAGUAAAGGUCAGUUGUAACUCUGUGAUUUAACUGUGCUACAGGGAACACGAAGCCUCCUCUGCUGCGCUCAGUGCGUCUUCCUUUUGUGCCACGUUGCCACACUCUGCAUUAGGAUGAAUCAUUUUUAAAAGGUUACGCGCAUCAGCUUUGAUCAAACGAAUGUAGCUGCGAUCUAAAACAUUAGAAAAUGACAUUAGGCAGAAAUAACAACAGUGUGAGGUUUCUACACAACAAAUUUUGUUGUAAAAAUUGUCUGAAUGGAAUCGGCGUCAAAAUGAGGUCCAGUUAGAGCUGAGCUGGGCUCAAACCCGACACAUCCGGUUGUGGACUGGAACAGACGCCGGUGAACUGGGAACUCUCCACGUGCAGCAAACGAGCCUGAACUCAACCCUGCAGCUGCCAGUUUCCUCUCUUCGCGCAGCUGACGGGGUGCUUUUUACACACAAGGGCAGGCUGUGCUUCCUUCUUUUGUAAUUAUAACUGUGCAUUUCUAAAUGUUCUCUGUGUUUAAUGUUCCACACGCUAAUUGGUUGGUCUGGUAAAUAUCCGAAUUUAACGGAACUUGAUUAGUUGCUCCUGAAAUAGCAUCAUGUUUAUUAAUUCAUGAAAGGAGACUAUCAUCCAAUUCCACGGCUGUUCAUUUAAUAUUUCUUGUCACUUUUCAUUAAGUCGAUUAAUAAGAGCAAACCUAAAAAAAACAUAUGCAACUGAGAUUCUGUUGUCUGAUGGCAGCGCAUAAAAAAUAUCUAUGAUUUGAUUUAAAUGAAUUCCCCUUUUAUCUUUGACAAUAUCUGUUAUGUUUUGAUGCAAAUGCUCAUUUCCUGAUGCCGAAAUGAGGAAAUGUUUGUCUUUCUUUCGACCGACCAAUGAACUUACAAUAAAUAAAAUAUUUAUUCAAAUAAGUGAA